GAAAGCUUUUAAAAAAAACAACGCGUGCUUUUUCCAACACUAAAAUUCACACUUUGCUGAUAUGGAAGAUAAAGAGGGAAGCAAUCCAGGAGCUGAGUUUACUUCCGAGUCAAGCUGGACACUUUCCGGGGAAGGGCAUGACUCGGUGUCCAACAGCGUUAAUUACUUCUUCGAUAGGGAAAGUACUAGUAUGCUUAGUGAGUUCGGCUGGGAUCUACCACCGGAUCAUGCCGUUGAGUUUGGACGGUUUGCUGAACUCAACCGGAUUGAAGCCAGGCCUGAAUUGGCGGGGAACUUUAGUGGCUCACAAAACUGCGCUGCAGCUGAUGAUCAUGUUGCUCGUUGUUCGGUUUCCGGGACGGCUUCGAAUCCGGGUGGAUCAUCUGACGUGUCGACAUCGAAUCCGUUGGUGUCUUCGAGCUCCAGUGAGGAUCCGCCGGAGAAAUCUACGGGCUCCGGCGGAAAACCGCCCGAGAUACCGAGUAAGGUGAGGAGGAAGGGACAAAAACGAAUACCGCAGGCACGUUUUGCAUUUAUGACCAAGAGUGAGGUUGAUCAUCUUGAAGAUGGCUAUCGAUGGCGGAAAUAUGGACAAAAAGCUGUUAAAAACAGUCCAUUUCCUAGGAGCUACUAUCGCUGUACAAACAGCAAAUGCACAGUGAAGAAGAGAGUAGAACGCUCUUGUGAAGAUCCCACCAUUGUCAUUACUACAUACGAAGGUCAACACUGCCAUCACAGUGUAGCAUUCCCCAGAGGGGGAUUUAUCAGCCAUGAAGCUUCCUUUGCUGGUCAGUUGACCCCGGCAGUCUUACAAUUUUAUCAUCCGGAGGCACAGUUACAUAGAGAAAUUCCUCCAACCACAGCACAAUCACAGUCACAGUCACAGACACACCAAGCACCUGUUGACGGAGAAUCUCGUUGGGACCCAGAACCUACCUCGGAGCCUCCAACAGAUGAAGGGUUACUAGGUGAUAUCGUCCCUCCUGGAAUGCGUUACAGAUGAGAAAGGAAAUACGGGAGGUCUGCAGUAUCAUUUUUUAACUCAAAUUAGGAGGACAAUCAGUACCUAAGUAGCUUGGAGCCAAAGGGAAAUUAUGAAGGCGUAAGGAAGAUGCAUUAGGUUAAUUAUUGAGUGCUUGAGGACGCUUUCACGUGUCUAGACCUUCUUAUCUUCUAGCUAGUGGACCACUGUGAUUAAUGUUUGAUAUUUAACCCCACAAGCAUGAGAUAUAUAGAGGGCUCUUUGAUUGAUAAGUCCUAAUCUAUAUUGGAACAAUUUAACUGUAUCUGAGUAAUAAUAAAUAGAACAGACUUGGACACUUAAUGUGUAUCAAUAUACUGGUAUAUAUGGUAUCUAUAUUGGUAUGGUAGGCCACAAUAAUCCUUGUGAAUUGUGGUUUCUUCUCUUGUUUCCACAUCAAGAAUAACGUCAGGUGCAUAAUUUUAUUGGCUACUGUUUAUUCAGAUUUAAUGUUUGUGGAUUGCUUAUUGUUUCUGGAUGUUGCCUACUAUGUUAUGCUUAUCAGGCAUCUGGAAAGGCCUUUCUAGACAUGGGUUUUGAUAGAUUAAUGCAACUUUAGUGCUUCUGAAAAGACUCUUAACAACCUGUAGAAUCAUUUAGAUUGACGUUUUAGAUGUUCUCUUGGCCAUUGGAUUGCAGUUGAACCUAAAGGGUUAACAGUUUAAUGACCAGUAGAAUAAUCUUGAUUGAUAUUUUAUAUGU